UCCAAGCAACAUCGCCACAUUCUCUGUGAAUCUCUCUCUUUGUGAAAAAAAAUCUUGGUUUAAAAGCUCAAUAUUUCCUCUUUGUUGCAAUAAAAAUGUCCACGCUUUCAAGCUAAUAUAUUUUUAGUAGUAUAACUAUUUUUGCAGCAGAGAAAAUUUAAGUGUUUUCAAACUACUUAAUUCCUUCUUUUGCAGCAGUCAGGUUCCUUCAAGCUGCAAAGAAGCUUCAUCAAAAUCAUAAGAGUAGCAUCUAAUGUUUUGAUCCUUAAAUUUUCUUAUAUCGUUGGUUUCAGUCCUUCACCAUCUUCCAGCUCUAUCUUACCAACUGAAGUUUCCUAACUAAGACUUUUUAGACUUCCUUGAUUCGCUAUUGGAAACAAACCAUCUAAGUAGUCCUUCUGGCAAACUGCAACUGCAAUUUAGAUCAUCCUGACGAAUUGAUCUUAGGAGACCCAUCUGAAGGUGUUAGGACUAGGCAUAGACUUAGAAAAGAAGUAAACCAUUCUUAAUCAUCAGUACAAAAUGGCCCUUGCAGCCACAACAGAGGUGGUACUGGGCUCGAUUUCAUUUGGGAUAUUCUGGAUAAUGGCCGUCUUCCCAGCAGUCCCUUUCCUUCCAAUUGGAAGAACCGCAGGCUCGCUACUCGGUGCCCUGCUCAUGGUCAUUUUCCAUGUCAUAUCACCUGAACAAGCUUAUUCCUCCAUUGACAUGCCUAUUCUUAGCCUCCUAUUUGGAACCAUGGUUGUUAGCAUUUACCUUGAGAAAGCCCACAUGUUUAAGUACUUGAGUCAGCUUCUUUCCUGGAAAUCCAAAGGUGGUAGAGACUUGCUUUGCAGAAUCUGCAUCAUUUCAGCAUUCUCAAGUGCUCUCUUCACAAAUGACACCACCUGCAUUGUUUUAACUGAGUUUGUCCUCAAGCUUGCAAAGCAAAAUAACCUUCCACCAAAGCCUUUUCUGCUUGCUCUUGCCUCAAGUGCCAAUAUUGGUUCUACCACAACUCCCAUUGGUAAUCCUCAGAACUUAGUCAUUGCAGUUCAGAGUAAAAUCUCCUUUGGAAAAUUCUUAAUGGGAAUCCUACCUGCAAUGAUUGUUGGAAUAUUCAUAAACACAACUAUUCUGUUGUGUAUGUUUUGGAAAUCUUUGUCAUCUAUGAAAGAUGAAGAAGAGGCUGUUGAUGAAGCAGUGGUGGAUGGAGAAGUAGUAUUUCAUAAGUUUUCUCCUGCAAGAAUGUCUCACCAUUCAAAUCAGAAUUCUCAAGUGGAGGUUGGUGGAGAUGAAGGAGAAAAGAACAACAUUCAGCUUAGUGUUGUGAGAGAGACAACUUUAAUGGUUGGGGCUGAUGUAGAAAAGCAAUUAAGCAGGAAGGCUUUGUUCUUGAAAGGGUGUGUAUAUUUGGUUACAAUUGGGAUGUUGACUGCUUUGUUGAUUGGGCUUAACAUGUCAUGGACUGCAAUUACUGCUGCACUUGCUCUCAUUGUUAUUGAUUUCAGGGAUGCUGGGCCUUGUCUUGAUAAGGUUUCAUAUUCUCUUUUGAUAUUCUUCUGCGGAAUGUUCAUCACAGUAGAAGGAUUCAACAAAACAGGAAUACCUAGUGUUUUCUGGAACUUCAUGGAACCACAUGCAAGGAUCAAUCAUGCUAGUGGAAUGGCUGUGCUCUCUCUUGUUAUACUUCUCCUAUCAAACUUGGCCUCCAACGUACCAACUGUUCUCCUUCUAGGAGUCCAGGUGGCAAAAUCUGCGGCGGCGAUAUCGUCGGCCACCGUCCCACGAGCAUGGCUCAUUCUGGCUUGGGUUAGUACUGUGGCAGGCAACCUAUCACUUCUUGGUUCAGCUGCAAAUCUUAUAGUCUGUGAGCAAGCAAGAAGAUCACAGUUAUAUGGUUACACACUCUCAUUUUGGAGUCAUCUUGUUUUUGGACUUCCAUCAACUCUCAUCAUCACAGCUGUCGGCCUCCCUCUCAUCAACUGUUAAAUAUUACUCUGCUAGUUCUACUUUUGUGAAGCGAAGAUGAAUAAUUUUGGAUAAUUUGUAACAUAUUUG